AUGACUAAUAGGUUUGCAGAUACCAGUUUAGAUGCGGAUAGAAUAACUAGCGUAAUCAGAAAUUCAAACAGCCCGCCGCAAUUAAGAUCACUUACAACUAAUAGAAAAGAUGAUGAUACACAAUUUUUGCAAACAAUUGAUCGAGAACAGUUUGAUACUUCGUUGGAUGAUCUCAAUUACGAAGGUGAACGCUGGAAUGCAGGAGCAAUACAAAAAUUUACAUCACCACAAACUACGACAGUCGAACAGCAAGAACAAAUUGAUCUGAAUAAUGCUAUUAGAGCUAGUCUAGAAAAAUUUCAACAACAACUUCAGUCUCGCAGCGGUUGGACAGAACUCGAUGCCUGUCAAAUAUCUGACACACAAUUACGUAUUGCUGUAAAAAAUAUCGGAAUGGAAAAUGACGAACAAACAAGAAAAUUUCGAGAUUUUGUAUCUGUUGCGACAAAUUUUUCGUCAAUGACUUUCACUAAACGAAUGCAGAAAAUUCCUGAACUUGUUAGUAGUGUUAAAAUAUUGAUCGAUGAUAUGGUAAAAGAAAUCAAAGAAUACAGUGCUAUUGCUGGUGAAGUUCAAGAUCUCAUUCAGUGCUUUGGUCAGUUGGUGUCAAAUACGAAACAUAAUGUUAAAAUGAUAUUGCCACCGUUAACAGCAGCCGUAGUACAAAUGUCCAUAGUUCAAGAUGCAUUGAAUCCUACAUCGAAUGCACAAUUAAAUAAAACAGAUGAAGCAGAUAUUGACAUGGCAUUACAACGAAUGUUAUCCGGUGUUAGUAAACUACUUGAUGUAGCUAAGUGUUCUGCCGACGAAAGUGUGGAACUUCAAAAGCGAAUUGAUUAUAUGAAAAAUACUGUUCAAUCGAAAAAGGUGACAAUAGAAGGACGUCUAGAAAUUGCUGAAUGCUGUUCAAGCCUCGGUUUGCCGGCUGGCCUGAUAGGAAGUUAUUUUGCAGCAUCAAGUGCGGUUGCAGCUGAAGCAUUUGGUGGUGCCGGUGCGCUAGUUAUCGGUGGAAUGGCUUUAAAUCCGGUGACAGCUGUAUUAUUAGCAACAGUGAUUGGUGGUACAGCGAUAGGUAGUAUUGUUAUUUUGGUUAAGAAACUAUGGGCUAAACAAAAUUAUAAGGCACUCGGUUAUUUAAAUCGAAUAUUUGAAGAAUUAACAGAAUUGAAUGAUGCUAAUAAUCAUUUUCUUGAAUAUAUGCGACGUUCGAGAGAGAAUGCAAAUAAGGUGUCGGAAAAUAUUACAGAUAUACAAUUGUGUUUAAAAAGUGAAAGACAACGAAAAUUUAAUCAUGCUAUAUGUGAUACAGCUAUUGAAUCAACAAACAUAAUGAUCAACUGUUUAAAAGACAUAUCAGAUAUAGAUAUAUCAAGAUGGAUCGAUAGUUCUCGUAGUAAAACACUUUCUUAUUGA